CAUAGUUUCUCAUUUUACUAUAGCAUCCAAAACUUCCUCCGUCACCGCCCACAAAAACCUCACCGUACAAAUCUCCACUCACCACCUUCAUCCCCACCCUAUAAACCCUAGCUCCACCACAUUCUGCCACCAAUGGAUCCCCGCCGGCAAUCCCGCACCGUCAUCGACCCCAAAGUCCGUCAAGUCGGCUUCUUCGCACCACCGGACCACUCUCAAUCCGUUCCCCUACCACAAUCCUCCACUUCACCUCCAUAUUCGGACCUUUCUCCCUCCGGCAACUCACUCUCUCCGGUCAUGAUUCCACCUCCCCGUACUCUACCACCGGCGAAUCGGCUAUUGUCGCCGUUAAAUCGGUUCUCCGGCGACUCUGUGAAUGCAGUUCCGGUUGGAAGUUACAAUCCGUCGCCAUCUGUUGGAGAUUUUUUUGAGGAGAAGAGUGUGCGGUCGCCGGACCGGCGACGGAGCGGUGGAGGCGGUGGUUCCGGGAAGUUUGCGUCGUCUUUGCCGGCUGGUGGAUUUGAGAUGCUGCCGGAGGUUAAACCGAAGAGCUUGACUACUGUUUCGGUUGUUAGUAAGUUGCAGGGUAAUGUGACUGAAAAGGUUGGGGAACAAUCCAGUGAAUCUCAAGAUGUAAACUCAAAGCAGCCAUUGAAAGAGAAAACUUCAAAGGCUGAAAGGCGUGCUCUUCAGGAGGCUCAACGGGCUGCAAAAGCUGCCGCAAAAGCAGGAGGAAAUGCGGUAGCAAACACGAAAACCGGAAAAGCCAACAGUGUUCAAAAGAAAGACAACGCAUCUUCCAUUGCACCAACAGAAAAAAGGGUAGUUGAUCAUAAAGAUAAAGAUAGAAAGAAAGACGUCCCUCAUCCACGAAUGCAGUUUGAUGAUGCAACUCGUGUAGAGAAAGCUAAAAAGCGUGCAGUUGUAAAACAAACUGAGGUCAGAAACCGAGUUGAGCUUUUUAGGCAUCUACCUCAAUAUGAACAUAAAACAAAGCUUCCUCAUCUUGAAAUUAACUUUUUCGGUCUCAAUUCCGUUCACCCUGCUGUUUACAAGGUUGGAUUAAGAUAUUUGGCUGGUGAUAUAUCAGGCGGAAACGCACGUUGUAUUGCAAUGCUUCAAGCAUUUCAGGAAUCCAUAAUGGAUUACUCAACACCACCAGAGAGAGCUCUUAACAGGGACUUAACUGCAAAAAUAAACAGUUACGUCUCAUUUUUAAUCGAAUGCCGGCCCCUUUCAAUCAGCAUGGGGAAUGCAAUCAAGUUUGUUAAAUCCCGAAUCGCCAAUCUUCCAUUAACUUUAUCCGAAUCAGAAGUGAAAGCUACUCUUUUAUCUGAAAUCAGCAAUUUCAUUAACGAAAAAAUAAUUCUAGCAGACAAGGUGAUUGUACGACAUGCUGUGACGAAAGUCAGUGACGGUGACGUCCUUCUUACGUAUGGAUCCUCUUCGGCAGUUGAAAUGAUACUAUUACAUUCCCAUGAGCUUGGAAAACGGUUCCGUGUUGUGAUUGUCGAUUCCCGCCCUAAACUUGAAGGCCGGUUAUUACUUCGAAGGCUCGUUGGAAAGGGUAUCAGCUGCACUUAUGUUCACAUAAACGCCAUUUCUUAUAUCAUGCAUGAAGUCACUCGUGUUUUUCUGGGUGCGUCAUCGGUAUUGGCAAACGGAACCGUGUACUCGAGAGUCGGGACCGCGUGUGUUGCUAUGGUUGCUAAUGCUUGCGGUGUCCCUGUUAUAGUAUGCUGCGAAGCUUAUAAAUUCCAUGAACGAGUUCAGCUCGAUUCAAUCUGCUGUAACGAACUCGGGGACCCCGAUGCGAUUUCUAAAGUUAAUGGGAGGGAAGAAGUAAACUAUUUGAAGGACAUUGCGGAUAAUGAAAGCCUACAACUUCUUAAUUUGACGUAUGACUUAACGCCUUCAGAUUACGUUUCAAUGAUUAUAACUGAUUAUGGCAUGAUACCUCCAACCAGUGUCCCUGUCAUCGUAAGAGAAUUCCGCAAAGAACAUAUAUGGAGUGGCUGACAUUCGAGAUCGUUAAACUGCCAGUUUUGUAGGUUAUUGUUGUGUUCUUUUUGCUAUUGAUAGUCAAUCUUCGACUCUGUGAAGAGUGCAAUAUUAUGCCUCUCCGAGCUUUUUGGUACUUUUUGGUGUUUUUGGUUAUCUGUACCUUUCGGAUUCAUGAGUUUUGAGCAGAUCACUUUUGUGGCGCUAUACAGGGGUGGGGACUGGGGGAUGUUUUGAUGGAGUUUUAUAUUGUCCACUUUGCAAGGUUUUUUU